CUGCUUUGUAUGGCUUUGCAUAGCAGAGUCAUGCAAAGCAGCGUGCUUACAGUGAAAAACAAACACACAGCCCUACAGUAAAACAGCACACAGUUAACCCUUUGAUCGUCCCUGCCCAGUGCCAUUAGUACAGUAACAGGGGCGGACUGACAACUUAUGGGGCCCCUGGGCAAUAGGGGAUCAUGGGGCCCCUGUAUCCUUGCCCACACUCAAACCAGACCCAAAAAAGCCUAUGAAAGGUACCAGGGGCAUCUCAUGGGGCCCCUUACUGACCCUGGGCUCUCGGUCAGUGCCCGAGUUCCCAAAUGGUCAGUCUGCCCCUGG